GGGUGACAAAGGGGUUAAAGGGUGGGGGGAAAUCAAAGGGCAUCGAACUUGUGCUGAAAAAGAAAGAAACUAGGCGUCAGAUCGCUUGCGAUUAGGGUGCAAUGAAUGAAUAACUGCAGGAUUGCGGGUACAAGGAUUGAUUUUUAGCGGGGCGCAAGGGUUCUGAGAAAGGGUGGCAAGUUCAAAGGGUAUUAGGGUAUCAUCUGGAACUUGAGCAGUUGUACAGCUCUAGGGUUUGGUUGGCUAGGGAUAAUACUUGAAAAGUUGGGAGUGGGUUGCAGUUACUUAGCACCAUCAAAGUUUUGCAAGAAACCAGACCAGAAAUAAGUGAAAGGUUAAUGUGGUCAUGGAGCCUGAGGAGGGGCUGGCUGAAGCUCAGGAUGAAAGGAAGGGAGAGGAGGCUGUAGUGGAAGGACCUCCCAAUGAGGCAGAGAGAAAGAUAUCUGGAUUGCUUCCAGAGACAGGUGUGGGACAGGGAGAGGCUAAAGACUCAGAGACAAGUGAGGGGAAGGUUGAGGACUCCUUGGGGGCAAGUCAGGGGGAGGCAGAAGAGGCUGAAAAAGAACAUGAGGCACCAGCUACUGGAGAGUUCAUGGAACCAGACCUGGAUACAUUUGAACCCUUAGCAGGACUGGAUAGGGGGGUGGCUGAGGAUGCACUGAAAAGAGAAGUGGCAUUAGGAAUGUCUGGGGAAGAGGCUGAGGAAAUUAUUGAACCAGAUCUGAGAAAAGCAGAAGAGUUGGAGACAGUGAUUCUUGAGGAACUUCAGCUUAAGAGUAAUAGAGAGAAAGAAGAAGUUGAAGAGUCAAGAGAACCAAAUCAGGAGGAAACCAGUGUUUUUGGGAGCCCAGACGAGAGGGAUGCUGAGGGGAAGAUUGGAAAAGGAAUGGAUCAGCAGGAGACUCAGGAAUUUGUUCAUGAGGAAGAAGCACUGCUUGGAGAGGGAGAAAUGGUUCUAGAAAUGGGGGGAAAUUGGACUGAGGAGUUGGCAGGGCCAGACCAUGGGAAAGAAGAGGAUUUGGUAGAAGAGGACCGUGUAGAUUCUGGAGAGAGGGUUGAAAGGGGAGAUGAACAGGAAAAGUUGAUGGAACUGGAAGAGAGGGAAGCUGAGGCAACUGUUAGGGAAGAUGAGGCAGUGGGGGAGGCUGAAAAGAUGCCAGAGUCGGUGGAGGUGGGAGAGAGUGACAAAGAAGGCGAAUCAACAGAUAAUCAUGGAGAAAUGGAGGAGUUGUCAGGACUGGGUCAAGGGGAGAUGCUAGAGGUCACUGGAAAGGAAGAGGAUGUGGCACCUGCAAUUGACUAUGAGGAAACUGAGAAGGUGCCAAAUGUAAAUGAGAGAGAGCUAGAGGAAGUGACUGCAGAGGAAGAUGCAAUAUUAGCAAGGGGUGAGGAGGAGUUGGUAGGACUAGGUCAGGGGGAAAUUGAGGUGUUGACUGGAGAGGAGGAACCAGUUUUGGGUAAGAGGGAGGUGGAGAUGACAGUUGGACCAGGUGAGGAGGGACUUGGUGAGGAAAUUGAAAGGGAAGACGGGGUAUCUGGAGUAGAUCAGAGAGAGGCUGAAAGCAUGAUUGUGGAAGGAGAUUUGGCAUCAUCAGAGGGUUGGGGGGAAGUUGAAGACUCGGUGAAGUCAAGCAGGGGAGAAGCAGAGGAGGUGGCACCAUCAAUGGAUCAAGUUAAAGCUGAAGUCCUACAAGAAGAUCUGAGGGAGUCAGAGUUGGUGAUUGCUGAGGGAGAGGCAGAUGCAGCUGAGGAGAAGGCUGAGCAUUUGGUGGUGGCAAGUCAGGGAGACGUUGAGGUUAAGACUGAAAAAGAAAGUAUGGCAUCAACACUGGAUCAGGGAUCACCAAGAAUAGAUGAAAAGCAGGCAGAAGAGGUGGCUGCAGAGAAAGAUGUGGAAUCUGUAGAAGAUCAAAAGCAAGUUGAGGAUUUGGCUGGGAUAAGUCAGGGUGAGAUUGGCAGUAUGGUAGCCACAAUGGAGGAAGGGGAAGAUAAGAGGGAGGCAGAGGUGGCAACUUCCAAGAGAGAUGUAGCAUUUAUUGAGGGGGAGGGUUUGGUAGUGACAAGUCAGGUAGAGACUGAGGAGGUGACUGUCAAGGAGGAUAUGAUACACGUGGCUCUUGAUGUGGCUGAGCAAGUGAUAGGAGCAGCUCAGAGGGAAACAGAAAAGAUGAGUGCAGUGGGUCAGGAAGAAGGAAGGGAGGAGGCGGUGGGAGCACCAGUGAGAGUAGCUGGAGCACAAGAAGAAACUGGAGGUCUGGAGGAAGAACUUGUGCAAAGUCAGGAGAUGGGGGCUGGAGAAGAGGUGAAACUAGGAACUAGUCAGGAGAAAGUUGGAGAGCUAGCAGAACCAGAACAAAGGGAGACAAAAGAGCAAGUAGGACUUGAUCAGGGAGAAACCAAGCAGUUGGGUUCAACUGAGAGGGUUAUUAGGGAGGAAUCUCGAGAAAUAAGAGAGACAUUAUUCGGGGAUCAGAGUGAUACUAAGGUGCUGGUGGAACCAUUUCAGGGACCAGUAGUGGAGGUUACAAGUGUAGGUGAGAUUGCGUUGACUGAGCAGCAUCAAGGUACUAUGGGAAGAAAGGUACCCUCUCAGGAGAAGACAUUAGUUUGGAGCCCAGAAUUAGAAGAACAGUUGGGAGGACCAACUCAGGAGAUGGCAGGCGUGCCUUCCAGGGCAAAACCAAGUGAAGAAGAUACCAGAGUCACCUGGUUGGCAUCUGAUACGAACCUGGCCCAAGGUCAAGUGGAACCAAGCCUGAAGGUGGCUGAAUUGAAUAAAUCAGGUUCCUCAGUGCUGUCAUCACAUUUGUCACAGCGCACUGCCAUAGGAAGUCAAGAGGAACGUCGCAAGUUGAAGGGGAAAAUAAUUUCAGGGUUGGCAGGAUUACGGCAAGGGCCAAUACUGGUACCACAUCAAGGGGCAACACGCUCAUGUGGAUUCCGUCGUGGAGUGCUGGAGCACAGGGCUCCAGGGUUGAUUGUGACCAGUUUAACAGCAAUGGCUCAGCAAAAGGGAGUGAUUAAGGAGACUCGUGCGCAACUGGGAAAGGGUGAAUUAGAUCAGAGGGAGACACGAUCAGCUGAAUUGAGGUCUCGUGCAAUUAGGGUUAAAGUAGGUGAGCCGGUGGUUAUGAUGGGGUACAGAAUUGGACGGGAAGGGAUGUCAUGUUUCUCUGAGGCAGAUAACAGGAUAGAGAGCUUUCAGCAGGUUCCUGUGAUGGAGGAGGCAGGAAAGGGAUCUGAUCAGACCCCAGCAGAACCACCGAGGCAGGAACAGAUAGUUAAGGAGUUGGAGAUACUGGCCAAGGAUGUUGAUGACAGAGCAAGGCAACAUCCAGAAGGAAUGUACUUGCCAUGGCUUGGUAGGCCACUGACACAAGAUUAUUCGACAAUACGACCAGGUUCUGGUUGGACUGCAGGCCUUGGGUCCGGGCAUGGACUUGCUUUAGGGCCAUUGCGGGCUGGAAUAAAAGAACGAAUAAACAUGAUGGUGACAGGUCAGGGAGCAGUAAAGUCAGCAGGACCAAGUCCUGAGCCACCAGUGUCUGGGAUGGGAAGAAGGGUGUAUGGGCUUACAAGCCAAUCAGCCAACGUACACUGGCUGAAGGAUGUGUUGGGAUCUAAGCAGACAGUGUCUCGACUCUCUGUAACAGUUCAUGGCUCAAAAGCAGGCAGUCCUGACUCUAUGGCAGAGAGACGAAGUCCAGGCCUCUUAACAGGAAAGCAAGAGUUGAAAGAUUGGCGGGAUGGGGUAAUGGGAAUUGCAAUUAAAAGGUACAAUGCCAUGAGGCGGGCAAUGUGGGGCGAAGGCCCAGCUGGUUUGCAUGUGAAGGGAGUGAAGGUGGCUGAAAGUCCCAUUGAUACUAUUCCAUUGAGUUAUGUUAAGACUAGUUCCAUUCUGGGGCAGGUUGAACAGAGGGCGCUGAGGCUGGCACAGCAUGUGGAGGGUGAGGCUGUGUCAGGAUUGGAAGUAGAAGGGCAGGGGCUGGCUGAGAGGCUGAAGCAGGAUAUGGAGCCAGCAGGGUCAGGCCAGGGAGGUAGAAUUACAAGGUAACUGGGUUAAGUGUGGAGUGAGAGGGAAGGAA